GGAGGAAAUAGCUAUUUUCAGAUCAUCGAAGACGAAGCUUCGAGAUUUAAGUGGUGCUUUCUCCUGAAGGAGACGAGUGAUGCAAACCAGCACACUAUGGAUCUACUGCUUAAAUUGGAAAAGGAGCAUGUGAUUAAUAUUUUCUCGAGUAACAAAGGAGGUGAGUUUCUCAACAACGCGCUGAAGGCCUUCUUGGCUUCGCGCGGUAUUGACUUUUUGACUACC